UAAACGCUGUCAUUGCAGUUUGAAAAAUCCCAAAAGCUUAGAGCACCACCAAGUGGAGAUAUUGUACAUUAAUAUUUCAAAUGCACCCUCUGCUUGAUAUGAAUAUUUAACUCUUGAAGGGAGUCUGGACACCACGAAGUUAAAUCUACAGCUGAGACCCAAAGUGAUGUGGACUCUAGAAAUGUGUGACUAGCAGCUCUCCUCUCCUCAUGUGCCUCCUGAUCCAAAAUGCUGUGCUAAAUAUACAAUGUAACUCAAUAAAAUAAAAGGUUUCUAACGGUGUAUGUGGAGACAAAUGUCAAAGGAUAAAGCUCCCGCGCGCUACAGUACGUGCAGUCACGUCGUCCCUGCAUCCCCCGGCAGCGCAUGCAUGCAGCAUGCACUUGUCAUGCCCCAUCUGAGCACAGAGAGGAGAGGAGGGAGGUCUGCCCUGCCCUGUCUUCUAUAUUUAACUCUAACUAGGGACCGCUGUGGCUGUGUGAAGCUCUCGUCUCUCUUUUUGUGUCUCUGUUUGUAUGUAGCUCCUCGGAAACACACUACAACCUCUUGGUUGCGCAUCGGACAAGACUUUGGUGGACAGGUGAACGCAGAGGCAGACGGCAGCCUCCGGCCCCACCAGCCAUGGAGGGACUCUACUUUGAAGUGAAGCCGAGAAGAGAUGAACCCUCCAAGCAAGGGAGCUCUGCAAAACCCCCUCCUCAUAUGACUUCAAACCGCCGCUCCUGUCCAUCACUCACACAUCUUACCUUGUGUCCUCAGAAACUCUCUUCUGUUAGGAAGACCAUUGCAACAUGGGGGGAAAAGGUAGAAGAAGAGGAGGAGGAGGAGGUACGAUACAAACUGUCACUGAUCGGUUCUCUGCCGGUCCACCACCUGACCACCAUGGCCAUGCUGCCCUGGGUGGUGGCUGAGAUCAGCAGGUCUCAGCCUGCAGAGAAGAAUCUGGCUGCUGGGAUGGGGUCUGGAGGACAGUUGGACCCCUCUAAUCGUAAUCAGAUGGUUUUUCUGUGUGUGUCAGCAUCAUGGGUGCGAUGUGUGUCCGUUCUGGGAGAAGGAGUUGUUUGGGACCCUCUGACACACACAAUGCUGUUUGAAUGUCGUCCACACCAGGUGACCAAGCUAAUUCACAAUAGCCAGGAGCCCAGCAGCUUCGGCUGUCUGGUCAGAGACACACAGGACUGUGCAUGCUACGUGUUCCAGUGCCAGGACAGCACCAAGGUUCCUGAGAUCAUCAGUACGUUGAGGCAGGCUGGCAAGAGCUCGGCACGCAACAAUGACAUCACCACCAUACCCAACAAAACGUCCACUGGAGGCAGUGACCCCUCUGAGACAUGUUUUUCUUCUCUCUCCACAAUGACAACUUCCACGGCACCCUCUGCUGCCCUGUCUCCGACUGCCUUUGCCAAGAAGUUUGAGGUGCUGUUUUGCGGCCGAGUGAGUGUCGCUCACAAGAAAGCACCUCCUGCCCUGAUUGACGAGUGCAUCGAGAAGUUCAGCCAGUCGCAUGGCUCAUGGACCGGCGAUAAAGGAGGAAAUAGUGGUGGGUUAGCUGGUGGACUGAGGAGGGCAUUAGCCUUUCAGUCCAAUGGACUCGGGAGUGGAAGCGUUGGUAAUGGUGCUGCAGGGAGCCCAACCACUGGGAAGCGUCCUGUCUUGUUUAAAAGAGACCCCAGCUUUCCCUCUCUGCAGGCCCUCGAUGAGAACGGACUCUCACCAGAGAUCUCUCACACCAACACUACUGACGCACACGCCCUCUCCGCUGGAGUCCAGCCCACCAGCCUGCAGGAGAACAGGACCAUGCUGUUCACGGUGGGGAGGUCUCAGAUCUACUUGGUUAGUCCAGACACUAAGAAAGUUGCCAUAGAGAAGAGUUUCAGAGAAAUCUCCUUCUGCUCACAGGGUAUCCGUCACGUCGAUCACUUUGGCUUCAUUUGCAGGGAGACCGUGGAAGGAGGAAGCUGCAUCUUUGUUUGCUAUGUCUUCCAAUGCACCGAUGAAUCACUGGUGGAUGAGAUCAUGCUGACUUUGAAGCAGGCGUUCUCUGUGGCAGCUCAGCAGCAGAAUGCAAAGACCCAGAGCCAGCAGUGUGACAGCUGCCCCAUGCAGCAGCUCCACAGACUGUGUGAGAGGAUAGAAGGUCUACACCCGUCCAAAACCAAGCUGGAGCUUCAGAGACACUUGGCCACUUUGGACAACCAGGAGCAAGCAUCAGUCUUUGAGAACACUAUGAGGGCUCGUCCUAAGAGUGAUCAGGAGGAGAAUGAGUUGGUGAUGGCCUCCUUGAGGAAUCUGUAUGCAGAGAGGCAGAGGAGCCAUCAGCACAUCCUGCCUGGAGACAGCAAACAGGUGUGUGAGGAGGCAGUUCCGGCCCCAGUGGAGGCGCAGCAGCAAAGUAGCAGUCGGCAGCGACUCGAACAGUUCAAGAGCCGAGCCAAGCGCUCUCUCACUGAGUCCCUGGAGGGGAUCUGGAAGGGAAGCAGCAAGGCCAGAGCUCAGAGGGACAACAGUGUAGGAAGUGACAGCGGCUCCUCCAUUUGUACGGUCAACAGCAGCCAGGACCAACCUUGUCUAGAUGACCCCUUGUCUGCCUCCUCCCAGCUGCGACCCACCAGCCCACUCAGGUGCCACAACUCCACAGGAGACCUGAAGCGCCUUGACUCCUCUCUCCCCCUGUCUCCCUCCUCAUCCUCUUUACCCGGUGACGCUCAGCCUCAGGGCUUCCGCCGACGGGCCAGCACCUUCAGCCACCCUCCCACUCCUUCCUCAGCAGAGUACUCUCCAUUGCACAAACCAACUCAAACACCACAGGACCCGACUGCAGCUACCAAGCCCAAGCUUGUACGACACUACUCCGUCAGCACCGACUCUCCACACCAGAGCAAUGAUGUAGCAGCUCUUUCCACACCAGGUGCAGCGUGUUGGGUUGGUGAAAGUCCUCUGCGGAGCCACCGCCACUCAUGGAGGCAGCAGAUCUUCCUACGGGUCGCUACACCUCAGAAGAGCACAGAGAGCAACGAGAGGGGGGACCCCUGUCUGGAGGGGGGUCGAGUGUGCGUGGGCCAAGUGGGAGUUGGAGGAAGCGGGGACUCGUCCAUAAGGGUGGUACCUGAGGAGAGGACAAAAAGGAGCAAAGAGGAGCUGAGGGAGCUCUGGAGGAAGGCCAUCCUGCAGCAGAUCCUGCUGCAGAGGAUGGAGAGGGAGAACCAGAAACUACAGGCCUCAGAGAGCGAUCUGCAGAACAAACGUCUGAAGCUGGACUAUGAGGAAAUCACUCCGUGUCUAAAGGAGGUCACUCUGGUGUGGGAAAAGAUGCUGGGAACUCCUGCGAGGGCAAAGGUCAAAUUUGACGCAGAGACCAUACACGCUGCUGUUGCACAAGGCGUCCCAAGGCAACAUCGAGGUGAGAUCUGGAAGUUUCUGUCGGAGCAGUACCUGCUCAGACAGACGGUCCCGUCCCGACCCCCUGCCAAUCACACUCCGUACAAAGAGCUGCUCAAACAGCUCACCUCGCAGCAACACGCCAUCCUCAUAGAUCUCGGUCGCACUUUUCCAACUCAUCCAUAUUUCCAAGCACAGCUGGGAGCGGGACAGCUGUCUCUGUAUAAUUUACUGAAAGCCUACUCACUGCUGGACCCCGAGGUGGGCUACUGCCAGGGCCUGUCCUUCAUUGCGGGAGUGCUGCUGUUACACAUGGGGGAAGAGGACGCCUUCAACAUGCUCAAAUUUCUGAUGUAUGACGUGGGGCUCCGCAAACAGUACAGGCCUGACAUGAUCAUCCUGCAGAUUCAGAUGUACCAGUUGUCGCGGCUGCUCCACGACUACCACAGGGAUCUUUACAGCCACCUGGAGCAGCAGGAGAUCGGACCCAGCUUGUACGCCACACCCUGGUUCCUCACCGCCUUCGCCUCACACUUCCCCCUCGGCUUUGUGGCCAGAGUCUUCGAUAUGUUGUUCCUGCAGGGAUCAGAGGUCAUCUUUAAGGUGGCCUUGAGCCUGCUGGGGAGCCACAAGCCGCUGAUCCUACAGCACGAGAGCCUGGAGUCCAUAGUGGACUUUAUCAAGACCACGCUGCCCAACCUGGGCCUGGUGCAGAUGGAGAAAACCAUCAACCAGGUUUGUCAGAUGGACGUGUCAAAGCAGCUCCAGGCCUACGAGGUGGAGUACCACGUCCUGCAGGAUGAGCUGCUAGACACGCCCCCGACCCUUAACCAACACCAGAGAGCAGCGCAGCUGGAGCGGACCAAUCAGAGCCUCCGACAGCAGAACCUCGACCUGCUUGAGGAGCUGCAGGUGUCACACGCUCGAGUCUGCAGCCUGGAGGGCCGAGUAGAGGCUCUGGCCCAGUCGGAGAGCCGACUGAAGGAGCACGUCUCUGCAUUGGAGGAGGAGAAGGAGCAGCUGGUGAGCACCGUCACACGCCUCCAGGACCUCCUCGCCACCCUCGGCAUACACACCACCCCUGACGGACACACGCUCCCCCCACCCUCCGAUAGACACAACAUAACAGCUUCAGCAAAGGUGGAAGACGGAGAGGGGCUUGUGAACAGGACUGUGGACGCCCUUCCCCACCCUUUGGUGCUUCCAGAGGGAUCUUAACCGCACCUAAUAAUUUUCCAAAUGGUAAGGUCGAGCAGAGGAGGAGCCGUUUGUGGAGGGCCCAGGAGGAGAGGGUCGAGUAAAACUCCUUGCCUUGACCUUUAUCCUCCAAAAUGUUUUGAUAAAUAGAGGGAACACGGAGGUAGUUGGACCUAAAACAGAGAGGAGAAGAACUGCAAAAAACCCAAAAAUGAUAGAAAUGAAAAAUAAAGGAUGGCAACCUUGAGUAUUAUCCCAAAACAAAAGAAAAAUAAACAUGCACUGUAAAAAUAAAUUUAAUUUAACCUAAGCUGAAUUUGAGAAUACGAGUUGAGGUGAUUUUAUAAUGAUUCAACUUGUCUUCUCAAAUUUAGUCAACAAUUUAAGUCAAACCCAACACUAACUUUUUAAAGAGAAACAAAUGGUUUAUUUUGACUGUGUGUGAUAUGAACAACAAUUCCCAAAGAUAGCACUGUCCCACUGGGCCUCUACUGUAAAAAAAAGAACAGUUACAUUUGCACCUGUACAUGUAUGAAUGUUUGUGUCUUUGAAUGUCUGAGUGUCUUAACUCGCGUGUCGGAUUCAACAAGGCUAACAUAGCCAAAGAAUGUCAUUAUUGUUAUUAUAAAAGAAGCUCGAACAAAGAAUCAGAUCCCAAAACAUGGUAUUUAUAACACUUAACCACAAAAAAUACAAAGAUGUAAUGUUUCCAAAGAGGAGAGAAGUGUGACAAGAAAGUAAGAUGAAGGGACGGGUGAAGAAAUUAACUUCAUGACAAAGUGUUUUUUUCUACCAUUUUACAUUGAAUAUGACAUAAGCUAAAUGAUGUCAGAUCCAAGAUGGCGGUGCUCAUAUUCAGAGGUCAAACUAUUUUUGAUUCCUCCUUUGUAUUUCUGGUCUCGUUUCCUGAUCCCGUGCGUUUUUAAAACUUCGGUUAGAGUCGCUCACAGGAAGAGUAACACAAUAAAUCCAGUCCAUUUCACAUCCUGUUUUUUCACCUUUGAAUAUGCGUCGAUCCUUCUGUGGAAAGGGAACGAGAUGCAGUUUCAGCAGAAAAUUGAAGCUGUGCCUUGUUAGUGAGGGGAAGCACAGACUGAUUAAUGAGUUUGCUUCAAAACACACUUCUGUCUGAAACUUCAAAUAGAUAAAACCUCUGCUGUUGAGACAAUCUGUCAGCUACGAGUCUUUUACUGUAUCCAACACACUGAAUUCAAGCCGAGCUGCAGCUUUGGUUUGAGUGAAUGUGUGUGUGCACUUCAUUGAUAGCAACAAAUCUGAUUUACACUGUAAAAAUAUUUUGCUUUUACUCCAUACUCCUCUUGCACAUUUUUUUUUGUUUUAUUGAUUAUUAUUCUGUUCUUUAAAAUACAUUUCAUAUCCUUUCAGCACGUCUCAAGUGAGUUCUCUUUGUGUGUGUGUGUGUGUGUGUGUGUGUGUGUGUGUGUGUUUACGGGGCCCACAGUGCAGACUCACGUGUGUCAGGUCAGGUGUCAGACUGUUGAAGUUGGUGUAGAUUGUAGCUCCUGUCUAAACACGCCACUCACUUUGAAUGCUAUGGGCUUGGUAGAAGGUUUCAGUCAUAUGGGAAAUAUACCAUACACAAUAUUUAGGACACAGACAUGCAUUUGUUUCCAGGAACUCCUCCUGAGGUUUAAAGAAAAAAAGGCAUGUCUGGGCAAGCUGUGGCUCUGUUAGUAUGCAUGUAUGAGUGUGUACACAACGGAAAAACGCAAAAACAGCAAAGCCUCAACCAAAAGAAAAGUAAAAAAAGACACAAUAAAUCAGAAUGUGGAAUGAUGAGAAUUUUGACCUCUUUGGUUUGUGCAUUACAAACUUAAAACAGUAAAAAAAAAAAAAAAAAAAAAGACACUGAUCAUGAAUUAUUGACAUGACACUGCGCUGCUAAAUGCCAUGGUUCUUCAAGGUGAUGGUGUCUUUUUGUUUUGUUAUGCGAAAGACUGCAUUUCCUCAAAGUCCAGCCCGCAGAAACAGGAUUGAACAAUUACUCAAGUCUCCCAGCGAGAGCUUUUUCUCCUCACAUUCCUAAACCUGUGUGAGGACCUCUGAGUGCAGCCAUUAAUCAACCAGCUGGUCAGGGUGAAGCCCAUGAUUUAUCAGGAUGUUUUUGUGUGAGUGCAUGAUCAUCACUACCAAAAACAACAACCAUUUUAUAUGGUUAAGUGCGCUGUUAAAAUAUGAUAAAGCACUGAACUGGUUGCACAAAGACAGAAUUUCUACACAGUUGAUGUAACAUUAACUUUUUUUUUUUUUUUUUUCAAAUGUGACACAAACAUCCAAUUUGGCUCAUCAAUGAAUGACUGGAUUAUUUUGGUCAUAGGUCAAAGAUCAAGGUUACUGUGAACUGGUCUUUCUCAUUAUUGUGAAUAUCUUGUGUGAUAUAUAAAGAACAUCUUGAUUGAACUGAUUCAAAUUUGGCACAAAUUUUCACUGGGACUCAACAAUGAACCGAUUUAGAUUCUGAUGGUAAAAGGUCAAGGUCACCGCAACCUUGCAUCAGUGUCAUUCUCUUAAACACAAUAUCACAAGAGCACUUGGAGGGAAUUUCUUCAAAUUUUGCACAGAUGAUUAGAAUUUGUGGUCGAAGGUCAAAGGUCACUGUGGGUUAAGGAUAGUCCCAGGCUGAGAGUUGGUCCUGGGCUAACUUGGCCCAUUUUCCAAUACAUGUUGUUAAUCUAAGACAAGGGCUGUACCAUUUGCACUGCGCUUUUACCAGCCCUGGCUUACAAGUCAUUUGCAACACAUAACUCACAUCAACUUUAUAAAAUUCUAUUGGUUGCUCAGCCCCGUUUCACACUGGCAACUUUUAGUCCCAGUUUAGGUCCAGGUCCAGUUUUCACCCUGCAAACUUGAAGCUAACCCUGCUCCAGGGAAGGGCCAGUAAACUCUAAGUUUAAGUCAAUGUUAGCCCACUUGUGUGUCAGGAAUGUGCCAGUGUGAGCGCUGCCUCUGAAGCAGGAGCUACAGGAGCUGUUAGCCUGGGGCUGAAAGCAGUAUGAAAAUUUGUCUGGUUCUCAUUUGCAGAACAUUAGACUUUUUUUCUUUUCAGCAUGAACACAGAACGUACAGCUUGUGGACAGACUGAACUUGACAACAAGUGUAUCGGAUUAGAAUUGCUGACUCCAUCUUUAAUGCAGGUGACCCUAACAAAAAAUGAUCAAAUAUGUGCACAAUCCUACUGUGAAUCUUUCAUGGAAAUUUAAGGAAAAACAAAACUUUCUUAAGAUUUUUCCUUGUUUGUCUUCAGGACCUAUCUUACAUCUGUUUGCAACUCAUACUAAUGUUUUUAGGUGUGAGUCCUUUUCCUCUGUGUGUACAGUGUGCAUUGCAUUGUGGGACAAGUGGCAGUCACAAUAAAUUAA